CGCGACGCAGUCCGGCGGGACCACCCGCGAAGGCAUUACCUUGGAGCGCGGCAGCACCGCACGUCUUGGCGCACCUCGCGUUCGGCACUCCUUUGCCAUCGAACUGGAAGUUGACCUCGAACGGUCGCGUCAACGCGCCUGCGUCGCCUUUGGUCAACGCGCCAGGCGGAUCGGUUGGUUUCGACGCGUUGACGUCGCCGAGACGAGGUCGUCGCGUACGUCGCGUGCAGUUAACGCAAGAUGAAGUGAUGUCGCUCGAUCUCAAGCCCGGCACCAAUACCAUCUCGUUCGCGUUCAACUCGCGCGUGUGGGGAUUGCAAGAGGUUUCGGCGUUCGUGUAUUUAUGGGAUUGGAACAUAAAGCUCGUCAUCAGUGAUGUCGACGGGACGAUCACGAAGAGUGACGUCCUCGGCCAUCUCGCACCGAUGGUCGGUAAAGACUGGAGUCACGACGGUGUCGCGUCGCUUUACAGCAACAUCACCGACAACGGAUACAAGAUGAUGUUCUUGACUUCGCGAGCGAUUUCGCACGCUUCGGGAACUAGAAAGUACCUGUCGUCGCUUCGUCAGGGCGACAAGACGCUCGCGCAAGGGCCGGUGAUGUGCGCGCCGGAUCCUUUGUCCAAAGCGUUGUUUCGCGAAGUCGUCACGAGGAACCCUCAGCGGUUCAAGAUUCGAUGCUUGCAAGACAUUCGCAACUUGUUCCCACCCGGGUGGAAUCCUUUUCAUGCAGGGUUCGGGAACCGAGAUACAGACGUGGAGUCUUACCUCGCCGUGGGCGUGCCUCAACACCGCGUAUUCACGAUCAACCCGAAAGGCGAGGUCGUGUGCGAGACGACAAAGCGAGUGAAGCAGUACACGUUGUCCGAGGUCAACGAGCUCGCGCACGAAAUGUUCCCGCCCAUUGAAGAUACGUGCCCGGUGACGGGAAGCGUGGCGGAGGAACAAUUCAACGACUUUAACCACUGGAAGAACCCAGUCGACGCGGACUUCGGGACACCGAUUUGA